AUGCCUGGAUCCUCAAAGUCGACAUCGUCUCUGAAGAAGAUUCAAGUGUCUAGACCGAGACCGUACCCAUCUACAGGUGUGAGGGUCGAAUUAUGUGCAAAUGGAAGAACUUACGAUAUCCGACCAAGAAAAGAAGCCCAUGUAAUUCCUGGAGCUGGUCUCGCAGCGAACACCGAGGCUUUAUUAGGGCUUAACAACUAUAAGAAGUAA